GAGCAGGGUCAGAAGCAGGGGCUCCCCUUCCCAGACCCGGAGCCUUCACAGAACGCCGCAGGGCCUGCACCGCAACCUGCUUUGUAAACUGAGAAGAAAGCCAAUGAAUAUACUGUUAAUGAAGGCAGUUUACUAAAGUGACAACUAAGAAAAGAAAUACAAGUACGGCUGGGCUGUCAGAUUGUCUGCUGGAGCGGCAGUGAGUCGGAAGAUUGCUGAGCCAGAUAUGGCUACCUGCUCAAAGGUUGUGGAGCGCGGAGUUGAUCUACAGGCACCGUUAGCUGAUGGGCUAGAGUCCAUAACCAGCGGCUGUACUGACAUGCCCGGAGGAGAAGGGGGAGUCCAGCCUGACAGCAGAACUCCCCGUGCCCGACUCAGCAGAGGGUAUGGAGCAGCUUAUAGCGGAAAGGCUCGUCAGCGGAAAGGCUCAGCAAGGAGCUGAAACAAGUUGGGACCCGCCCACUCCACCGGUAACCAAAACAACCCCAACGCGAGCGGCUUACAGUUCCCAUGACGACAACAGCAAACCGUCUCUCUCCAUUGAGCUGCCUUUAACUACGUGGAAAGGUUUGCAUUGGGAGCGGCUCUGCACUGACACAGGAAGUGAUGUCAGACCAGGAAGAUGGAGAGGAGGGGCUGACAGAUGAACAGGAAGAGGAACAGGAAGAGGAAGUGCCAGCCCUCAGGGAUUCAGAGCAGGAGGGGGGAGAGAAGGAAGGGCAGGAGGGAGAGGAGGAGGCCAAGCCUGAGGAGGAAGAGGUUGUGGAGUGUCCUCUCUCAGUGGAGAUGGUGGCGGAGGGCCUGUCUCUGCUGUGCAAGGUCGGGAACGGGCUGGGACACGCCUACACACGCCUAGACGUGAAGGAGAGGGGUGUGACACAGCUGGCCGCUCUCGCGCCCUUCAUUCACGUCAGGUUCCUGGACGUGUCACAGAACCAGCUCCGCGACCUCUCACCCCUCACCUCCCUCACACACCUGCUGUGGAUCAAGGCCGACGGGAACCAGCUGACCGGGUUCAAGGGUCAGCCGAUGGGGGAGCUGCCCUACCUGCAGUGGCUCAGCCUAGCAUCAAAUAAGAUCCGGGGAUUGGAGGGGCUAAGUGGAGCUGUGCUGGAGUACCUGAACUUGACAGGGAAUCUCAUCCAGCAAGUCUCUGGGCUGGAUUACGGCUGCCUUUCCAACCUGGUGUGUUUGGAGCUCCGAGGAAACCAGCUGGAAUCCACCAAGGGACUGCACCUGCCCAACCUGCGGCGUCUCUACUUGGCUCAGAACCUCAUUAAACGGCUGGAGGGUUUGGCUCAUCUGGAGAAGCUGACCACACUGCACCUGAGAGACAACCAGUUAGAGUCCCUGCAGGGGUUCAGUGCAGACAUGAGAGCUCUGCAGUACCUCAACCUGCGGGGUAACCUGGUCUUCUCCCUGGCUGAGGUCCGUGCUCUGGUUCCUCUAUCUGGGUCUCUCCGAGCCCUGGUUCUGUCUGAGAACCCGCUCUCUGAGUCCGAAGACUACCGGCUGUCAGUGCUGGGGAUCCUGCCGCACCUAGAGAGGCUGGACAAGGAUCCUGUGAUCCAGGAGGAGAGGGAGGAAGCAGAACAGAGAGAGCGGGAGAUCGUGGAGGCAGAGCAUACAGAACUGGAUACUGAAACCUAGCAGCCAGACAACCCAAAACCUACAUCCUUCUCUGAGACACAGACUCAACCACCUACACACACACACACACACACACACACACACACACACACACACAC